UCAUCUUCAUUCCAUGUCCCAACACACUCUAGACCCUACCCUAAUGGACAUAUCUAUACCUCCAAAUCCUCCAGAUCCAUUGGCUGAUGCUAGAUCACUAGCAGAUGAGAGAUUGCCCUCUUUCAAGGAUAAACUCUUAUCCCCAGACCCAAUAAAAUUUAUUCAUGGACAACACGUUUCCUCUUUCCCCAUUACUAAUGAUUGCUAUGAGGCCUUGCCUGCGACUCCUCUUCAAGAUGAUUCAACAUCCAGAGAUCAUGCUAUUGUUCUCUCAACCGAGGAAUUGCAACGUCUAUAUAAACCAUGGAAGUUCUCGGUUAUUAUCAAAUUAUUUGGUGGUCAAUGGCCCAGUUGGGGAUCCCACUGCUCAGACAUAACUUCCGAGAAGCAAAUCAGUGGCACACCUCUUGGCAAAAGACAGUAAAAAGCUUAGGAAUAUGAAUAAAACAAUCAUCCAUCAUGCACCUACUCCAGCGGUGGAGGCAGCAAAGAAGGAUGAUGCAGUGGGGAAAUCCUACCUUAGACUUAUAUCGGAGGAAUCCUGUAUUAAGUUAGCUAGUAUGGGGAAUAUUAAUGCAGUUAUUAGUUCUAGUGCUUUUGU